AUGACCUACGGGUCUCUGGGGACGCUGGUGAUAUCCCUGCAGCAGCUACAGACUGCAGGGCAUUUGGUGCUGCAGGAGGCCCUAGUGGAUGAGAAUCUGCGCGUGUCCCCAGUCCAGGUGGAACUUGACCUGAAGUACCAGCCCCCAGAGGGUGAAACUGGAGCCUGGGCAGAAGAGGAUUUUGGAGCACCCAUUUGGGACAGGCCCGGCUGGAGCAGUGGGCAGUGGCAUUGGGCCGCAGGCUAUGGCAUUGGGCCGCAGGGCGAUGAGGACAACAAGCUGGAGCUGGAGCUGGAGGACAAGCCUGAUGUGGAGCUUUCUGGCGUCCCGUUCAGCCCCCUCAAGAGCCGAGCUCGGGGCCUGGCCCGCGGGGAUCCCUUCCAGGUAUCCAGGGCCCAGGACUUCCAGGUGGGGGUCACGGUACUCGAGGCCCGGAAGCUGGAGGGAGUCAACAUUAAUCCCUACGUGGCCGUGCGCGUUGGGGAGCAACGCCGAGUGACUGCCACGCAGCGCGGGACAAAUUGCCCCUUCUUCAACUAAUACUUCUUGUUUGAAUUUCAUGAGACCCGGCUUCACCUCCAGGACUUGCUGCUGGAGAUCACGGUGAGGCGGGUAGGGGUGAGAGAUUUCCGUCAGAGAAGGGGAGAUGCCGAAGCUCCAGGACUAACGCCAUUUCCCCAGGCUUUCCAUUCGUAGACCCUCCCUUUUAUGGCCACCCGGAUAGGCACCUUCAGAAUGGACCUGGGCAUUACUUCGACCAGCCAGGUACUGAACCCUCCCCUCACUGAGACGUCCCCAUAUGGCCACUUCUAUCAGAAAUGGGCUUCUCUGCACGACUCCCGGGAUACACGCGCCGGGACCAAAGGUUUCGUCAAGGUCACUUUGUCCGUGAGGGCGCGCGGGGCCUUGGCUCCUCCGCUGCCAUCCCCGGGCCCUGGCCACAGUUCGGACAUCGAGAAGAACCUGCUGCUGCCGCGUCGGGUGGCAGCGGAGAGGCCGUGGGCGCGGCUGCGAGUGCGUGUGUACCGCGCCGAGGGGCUUCCGGCGCUGCGCCCCGGCCUGCUGGGCAGCCUGGCCCGCGCCCUGCACGACCAGCGCGUCCUCAUGGACCCCUAUGUGCGGGUGUCUUUCCUGGGGCAGCAGGGCGAGACGUCGUUGCGCGGCGAGGCGACGGCGCCCGAGUGGAACGAGCAGCUGAGCUUCGUGGAGCUCUUGCAGCCGCUGAUGCGCCGCCUUCGUCUGCAGCUACGGGACGACGCGCCCCUGGUCGAUGUGGCCCUCGCCACGCACUUGCUGGACCUGAGGCAGAUCUCGCAUCCGGGCGGGGCGGGUGAGCGCAUCUGGCCGACGCGUGCAGCCUCUGCCUGGGCCCUCUCUGCCCUGGGUCCCGCCCCCGACUGCAAACCCCAUCCUCGCGACCUAGCUCCGCUUAGAAAGGACCGGGGGCUGCAGGAGGUUGAGAGUCUGCAGCGCAGCCCCAGUUCCGGGACCUGCACACGGCUGAAGCAGGCACUGGAAGAGCUGGUGGCUGGGAGCAGCAGAGGAGGUGACCUCCUCCCAAAGCCACAGCUGUGGUCAGUGUUCUCUCCUUUGAUUCCCACCUGCCACACCCGCUACUGCUCUUGCAGACAGUUCUGCCACGGUGCUGAGCACAGGACAAUGACUCGGCCCAACGCACUGGAUCUAGGCAGAUGCCAAGGGAAACAGCUGGCGUUUAGCCUGAACCUGUUGGCAAAGCAAGGACUGUGGCUCCUUCGGGGCCUGAGACAGGGCAACGUGCAAGAGAAGGUGGCACUGGCCAAGAAGCUCCUGGUGAAACUGUGCUUCCUGGCCCAGGAGAUUCACCUCUGUAACCCAGUUCUCUGCCUGCAGCCCCAGCAAUCCCUCCUGGAUGUGCUGGUCUGGAAGCUCAGUGGGCGGCACCAUGUGGCCUGGGCCCAUCCCGCCCAGGAUGUGCUGUUCUCUGUGGUGGAGGAGGAACGGGGCCGGGACUGUGGGAAGAUCCAGAAUCUGCUGCUCACAGCACCUGGGGAAGCCGCUGGCGAGGUCCGUGCCAAGCUGGAGCUCUUCCUGGGGCUGGAGCUGGGCAAGCAAGCCAAGGCCUGCACCUCAGAGCUCCCCCCGGACCUGCUGCCUGAGCCCUCGGCUGGGCUGCCCCUUAGCCUGGACCGGGACGACUUCAGCUCCUUCCAGCUCCGGGCUCACUUGUACCAGGCCCGAGGUGUGCUGGCAGCAGAUGACAGUGGGCUCUCGGACCCGUUCACUCGAGUCCUCAUCUCUACCCAGUGCCAGACCACAGGGUUGAGGGUCCUGGAGCAGACGCUGAGCCCUCUGUAGGAUGAACUCGUGGUGUUUGAUCAGUUAUUCGUGGUGAGGGAGCACCUGCAGGAGGAGCCCCCACUAGUGAUUGUCAAUGUCUGUGACCACAAUAAGUUUGACCCCUCUGUGUUCCUGGAAAGGAGGCUGGCCGCCCUAAGGGUAAAGCUGAUGGAGGACCCUUACCAGCAUCCUGAGUUGCAGUUCUUCCCCCUAAGGAAGGGGCCCUGGGCAGCCGGGGAGAUCAUCGCCACCUUUGAACUCAUUGAACUGGACUACAGUAGUUGACUUGAGCCCUCAGUGCCUAGUGAUGUGGAGCCCCAGGACCUGACCGCCCUGGUUGAGCCCCUCUCCGGACGCCUAUCCCUGCCACCGCACGUGCGCCCGCUGCUUAGGGAGUUCCAUGUUGAGGUACUGUUCUGGGGUCUGAGGGGCCUUGGCCGUGUGCAUCUGUUUGAGGUGGAGCAGCCCCAGUUUGUGCUGGAGGUGGCCGGUUGGCGAGUGGAGUCCGAGGUCCUGACCAGUUACCGUGAGAACCCCAAUUUCACUGAGCUCGUCAGGCAUCUGACAGUGGUCCUCUCUCCCUACCCCCAGGACUUGCCAGAGCAGCCUUAUCUGCAGCCCCUCAGCAUCCUGGUGAUUGAGCGCUGGGCCUUUGGCUGCACAGUGCUCGUGGGUUCCCACAUUGUCCCCCAUGUGCUGAGAGUCACACUCUGGAGUCAAGAGGAUCCCCCUGAGGGGGAAGGAGAGGAGGAGACAGGGGACCUGGUGCCCAAGGUACCUCAAGAACAGAGGUCCCGGGAUCCCUUCUUGGCUGAAGUGGGGAUACUCAGGCGGCUCCUAAAGGCUCCUCUGAAGAAGCUCCCUCUGGGAGGCCUCCUGAAUCAAGGCCCAGAGCUGGAGGAGGACAUCCCAGAUCCUGAAGAGCUCGACUGGUGGUCCAAGUACUAUGCAUCUCUGCAGGAGCUCCAGGGGCAGACCAACUUUGAUGAGGAUGAAAUGGAUGAUGUUGGGGAUUCAGAUGGGGGCAAUCUCCUUUCUGUGGAUGAGGAAGCCCAAGACCAGGGUAAGGCUGAAGUCAAAGGCUCUGUGUCCCAGAAAAAAGCAAUCACCACUCUGAAGAUUUACAACAGCUCCCUGGAAGAAGAGUUUAACCACUUUGAAGACUGGCUGAAUGUGUUUCCCCUGUAUCGAGGGCAAGGAGGUCAGGAUGGAGAUGGAGAGGAAGAAGGGUCUGGAAACCUUGUGGGCAAGUUCAAGGGCUCCUACCUCAUUUACCCUGAAUCAGAGGCAGUGUCCUUCUCUGAUCCCCAGAUCUCCAGGGGGAUCCCACAGAAUCGGCCCAUCAAGCUCCUAGUCAGAGUAUAUGUUGUAAAGGCUACCAACCUGGCUCCUGUGGACGCCAACGGCAAAGCACACCCCUAUGUGGUGGUGAGCGCUGGCUGGGAGUGGCUGGACACCAAGGAGCACUACAUCCUCAAGUAGCUGAACCCCAUCUUUGGAGAGGCCCUAGAGCUCAGCAUCUCUCUCCCUGCUGAGCCAGAGUUGACCGUGGCUGUGUUUGAUCAUGACCUCGUGGGUUCUGAUGACCUCAUCAGAGAGACCCAUGUUGAUCUGGAAAACCGAUUCUAUAGCCACCACAGGGCGAACUGUGGGCUGCCGUCCCAGUAUGACGUGGAUGGCUACAGUGCCUGGCGUGACGCAUUUCGGCCUUCGCAGAUCCUGGCGGUGCUGUGCCUACCCUAUGGCCUCCCCCCACCUGAAUACCGAGCCGGGGCUGUCAAGGUGGGCAGCAAACUCUUUCUGACACCGCCAGAGACCCUGCCCCCUGAGGAGCCCCAGGCAUUGCUGGUGCUGCGGCGCUGGCAGGAGACGCCUGGGCUUGGGAUCCAGCUGGUACCUGAGCACGUAGAAACAUGGCCCCUCUACCAUCGCCGCAGCUCAGGGCUGCUGCCCCUCUUCCUGUGCCCCCAGGGAUCCCUUCAUGUGUGGAUUGACAUCUUCCCCGGAGAUGUGCCUGCCCCACCUCCAGUUGACAUCAAGCGUCGGCAGCCAAUCAGCUAUGAGCUCAGAGUCAUCAUCUGGAACAUGGAGGAUGUAGUUCUGGAUGAUGCAAACCCACUCACUGGAGAGAUGUCGAGUGACAUCUACGUGAAAAGCUGGGCGAAGGGGCUGGAGCAAGACAAGCAGGAGACAGACGUUCACUUCAACUCUCUGACAGGGGAGGGAACUUCAACGCGCUUCGUGUUCCGCUUUGACUACCUGCCCACCGAGCGAGAGGUGAGCGUCCGUUGCUGGCCUGGACCCUUUGCCCUGGAGGAAGCUGAGUUCCGGCAGCCAUCUGUGCUGGUCCUGCAGGUCUGGGACUAUGACUGCAUCUCUGCCAACGAACGACUAGGAUCCUUGGAGCUGCAGCUACCGGACAUGGUGCGAGGGGCCUGGGGCCCCGAGCUCUGCUCCGUGUGGCUGGUCCGGGACGGGGCCGGGCCAAGGCGUAAUCUCUUUCGCUGCCGCCGCUUGCGGGGCUGGUGGCCUGUAGUGAAGCUGCGGGUGCCGGAGGCUCAGGCUGGCAAGAAGAAGAGGAAGAAGAGGAAGAAGGGCCGGCCAGAAGACUUAGAGUUCUUGGACUCAGGAGGCAACGUCUACAUCCUCACGGGGAAGGUGGAGGCUGAGUUUGAGCUGCUGACUGUGGAGGAGGCUGAGAAACGUCCAGUGGGAAAGAGGCGCAAGGAGCCAGAGCCCUCGGAGAAGCCCAGCUGCCCCGAAACCUCCUUCAACUGGUUUGUGAACCCGCUGAAGACCUCCGUCUUCUUCGUCUGGCGCCGGUGCUGGCGCAUCCUGCUGCUGCUGGCGGCGCUGAUCACUGUCUUCCUCCUCCUCGUCUCCUACACCAGGCCUGGCCUGAUCAACCAGGUUACCGUCCGCCCCCUCCACCGCCCCUGACUGACCUUGGACACUCAUCCCGUAAUGCCAGCUCCUCAACUCCUGCCCCUGGUGUCCUUCCCACCAACAGGAACCAUCAUGGCGUUCCCUGCUUUCUCUGUGUAAACCUUACCAGGUAUCCACCCUGUCCCCUGAACACAUGCUGCAUAUAAUAAAUGACACUAGGGGCAGAGAACAGAUGUGUCCUUCGGUGGCCUCGGGCGCAUGAAUGCACAGGAUGGGAGGCUGCCCACGUGGCCCUGCUGCCGGGAAGGACAGGGCCCCGCGGCGGGUCACAGCCGAGGAGCCCUGGCCACCGAGGUGUCAGGCCCUCGAGCAGCCCACCUGCUGCGCCUGCUCAUGCCAGCGGCUGGGUCCCUCUCACCCCACCUGCCGUGGCUUCUGCUGCUCCAUUGCAGCUAAGCCCUUUAUGUGCUCCGUGAACCUGUACCGACCCUGAGAGAAGGCAGAUCACUUAGGACACUUGACUGCAAGUGACAGAAAUCCUAACCCAAGCUGGCUUAAGCAAAAAGGGAAUUUAUUGGCUUACACAGCUGUAAUUCCCAGGAAUUGGUUGGCUUCAGGUGCUGUUUGUCUCAGGGUUCAAACAGUGUCACUAGGACUGGUUCUCUGCCUGAGCUUGGCGCUGCAGUCCUCAGGGGAAGCUCAUUUGCAGACAGGGUCUCUCCUUGGAAGUGCAGGACGGCUGCAGCAACCCCACGUCUCCCCAUACGCAUGUCCGGAAGGAAAGAAAGCUUUCCUAGGCCUGACAGAUGCUAGCUUGCUCUGGGUCACUGGGGUGUGGGUGUGGGAUGGGAUGUGCUGAUUGGGGCCCUCCCCUGGGGCUUAGGGUGGGAGAUCAGCCCUCUUCCCAAAUCACACAAGCAGACAGUGGGCGGGGAGGUUCCCAGAGGAAACCCAGGAUACCUUAACAAGGGGGAAUGGUUCCCGGGUGACCAAAAAAACAAGGCUCACUACAGCUGACAAUAUCACCCGCAAUUCAUAAAUGAGACAAGGGCCCACCAAUAACACGUCCAAGGUCACAGCUCGUAAGUGGCCACAUCAGAGCUGGGUCUCAUGUCCGGCUGCCUCCAGAAGUUUUGCUGUCAUUGCCCUACUCUGCUUUCUGUCCUCCGCUUCUCCCCUCACUACUGUCUUACACUGAAACUCCCUGAGAAAUGACUGGCUGAACUGACCAGCUACUAAUGUCCCUGGUUGCCUGGGCUGUGCAGUGGUGAGGUCUCAGGGCCGGUUCCCCACACAUCUUAAGGGCUGUAAUGGGAAGGCCUGACUAGGUCCAGAGCCAGAGUCUGAUACUAGCCCUGCUUCAGAAUGGCCACUGCUACCUUCCCUCCCUGUUUUUCAGUUCUGUGUCCACCCAGGAAAUUGCAAAGGACCUGGCUGUACCCUUCUGGGCACCAGGAGCCAGCAGGCACUUGGCACAUCGCAGGGUCAGUGAGCAGGAGGGGAUCAGGUGACUGAGCCCAGGGUGGCAGGGAGGGGCCCCAGCUUAAGCCACCACUGAGGUGGCAACCCCCAGCCUGCAGCCAGGGCCUAUUACCAGUGGGGUCGGAAACUCACAAGGCUGGGGGCCAGGAUGACUCCAGGAAGCUCAUCCUGGACAGGUCCAUCUCAGCCCUGGGGCUGAACCCAAAAGGCCUGAAGGCCACGGUGGGAGGGACUGAUGAUGGGGCUGUGGAGUGAACAUCAGUCUGGUUUGAAUCAAGUCCUAUUAAGCAGGGACGUCCACGUGGGGCUCCCAGGGGCACCUGGCUCUGCAAAGUCAGUCCUGACUGCCUUUGAUAAGUGGCUGUGAUGAGGGUUGUUCCCACGCUCCAGCCAGACCCAAGAACCACACAGAGACCAGCGAGUACUAUCACAAUUGAUAGAUUUACCAACCUGGGGCC